UCAACAUCACUAUGGCAUAUUUCUUUAAUCUUAACUCAUGUAAUGGAAACCCAUUUGGGCUCAAUGAGUUCAAAUACUCAUCCAAAUACUCGUCUAAUACUUGUUUCUCUUCAUUCUCGGCUUUGUCUAUGCUCUUGUACAACGUUUCGUUGCCAGGAAGCAUAUUCAAAACCCUAUUAUUCAAAUCUCUCACGUCGACAUUUUUCGGCGCAACAAUAGCCAUAUUGGCCAUCUUAUUCCAAUCAUUAUCUAUAAUCACAUUUCCAAAAAUCUCUUCAGCUAGAUCACCAGUACUAAUAACAUCCAGCGGUAAUACCAACUGGUCAGUAUCAAUAUUCCGUUCUCCGGAACCAAUUUCUAAUAAAUCCUUAGCAAAUCUUUUUUCAGUUUCUAAGGCUCUCAUAUUCUUUGUCAACUUGAACUUCCUCACAGAAGCCCAAUAUUGA